GUUUGUCACCAUCACCAGCUGCUGUUAUUUUCGAGACACACUGGGCGUCAUGCAGCUGUGAAAAACACCGGAUACGACAGCCGUUACCAGGUGAAAGACUUCCGUUGAGAUGUAGGCGGUGAACCGUUUCAGUCGAUAUUUACUCAAAAGCAGCGGCAUGUAGUAGGUUGUAAGGCUGUCAAUCAUGAAGAAGCGAGCCAACAAGGUGCUGCAGGAAGAGGAGACCUUGUGCUGCUGUGAGUAUGUGAACAGACUCGGAGAGCGCAGUCAUGUGGUAGGCUGCUGCUGUGACUGUGAGGACCUGGACGACGCGUGUGACAGGUUUAUGAAGAGGGAGCCUCAGAAACCUGAAUCCCUGUCUCGUGUGGCUGAUGUCUUCACAGACCGGAUUCGUGUACCCUGGCUCUGGGGUGGAGCCCGAAAAGUUGACCUGUCCAUCAUCCCUCCUCUUAUUCUCCUCCCGGUCCUGCUGCACUUAGCUGCUCUCCACUUCCUGCUUGGCAUGCUGACUCUGACAGCUCUGCCUGGCCUGGUGCUGUGGUACUACUAUACCACCCACCGCAAGAAAGGACAGACACUCUUCUUCCUCAGCCUGGCACUCUUCUCCCUGGCGUACAUGUACUACUUGUUCAUCACUAAUGUGCUUCCAAGUGGGAAUGUUAGCCUGGUCCAGCUAGCGGUGGUAACUGUAGGGGUCAUACUUACUCUGGUAGCUCUUGUCCACACCAAGAGAGAACCCGGAAUUGUGCGGCCAAACAAAGAGGCUGUCCACAGCAAGGUGACGUAUUACAGCCCUCUGGCAGACAGAGACCCUGUCUUCAAUGGGGGGAGGCAGGACGUGACGAUGACAGUAGCAAACCGGGCGGGAUUGUCGGAGCAUGCGGGAGUGGAGCUGAAGGAAAGCGGCCAUAGGAACUGGUGUCCGGUGUGCAGAGUGGUGCGGCCCCCGAGGGCGGGACAUUGUCGGAUCUGUGGUGUCUGCGUGCUGCGUCUCGACCACCACUGUGUCUGGAUAAACAGCUGUGUGGGUCAGGUCAAUCACCGCAGCUUCCUGCUUACGCUCGUCCUCUUCCUGUUGACGUCCCUGUACGGCAUCAGCCUGGUGCUUCAGAGUGUGUGUCCAAAUCAACACCUCCUCACCGCCCUGCUCUACUGCCCGGGGGUCUACAACCAGUACAGCGCUGCACUUUGCUUCACCUGUGCAUGGUACAGCUUUAUUGUGACCUGUGGGCUGCUCCACUUGCUGGUGGUGCAGGUCAUCAACGUCAGCUACAACGUAACUGAGCGUGAGGCACGCAUAGCCCUGCGGGACAAAACCGCCCGCAGGGCAUUCUGGGGACUCGUCGUGGACACUGGUGUAUACUCUCGAGGUUUCCGUGGGAACUGGGCAGAGUUCAUGACCAUGGGAGAAAAACUGAAUCCACCCUCUCCCGUCCCAACAGAACUGGUGUAAGAGACCGUUGCCCAACCCUGAUUCUAAAACACUAGACAGCAUGGAUUCCCAGUAGUAAAGUCUGGAGCAGCUGCAUGUGUAGUAUAGAUCUAUGUUACAUGUGAAUGUACAGCACAGCAUGGGAGAUAACGAAAGGCUUUUAAAACAAAAACCGACAAAAUGAUAAAUUCAGAUGAAGUUCUGUGACAAGUUGAUGCUAACAUCAGAAAGACACCACCUUAACUGUAGAAAGCAUUGUGUUGUGUCAAAGUGAUGUUGUUGUUGUUCAUGUCCAAUGGAUGGCAGCAUAGCUCCUUUCACUAAAAUCUGAAAGGACAUUUAUCACUUGGUUACUGCAGUUAUUGAUUUUGACUUUGACACAGCAAUACCUACAAACUCCAGAUACAUUCACAUGAAUGCCACUCACAACUGGAAUCUCCUCUAUGCAGCUAUCUACCCUAUGUGAGUAUCUACUCACACUGACCUUAUCAAUGUCUGCCGAACAAAUAUCACUGUUUCCUUCACAGUGACCGUCUUCCCUAGACCUGUCUUUGUCUCCUACAUUCUAGUGCCUUGCUGGAAGUUGACAUACAAGAAAAAUGUAAGACUGAGUAAUCUGUUCUGGUCCUAGGGAUUUUUUUUCUGAGCACGGCGUCAGCAACAAGAUGACGCCUCUGGAGAUGGUCAGUCCUGCACAAAAUGUGCAAAACAUCUUUUCAAGGAUGGUCUGUCUGCACACUCUUCCACAAACACGUAUCUGCAGUGUGCACAAAGGACAGAACUUGACCCAGAUUUGUGAAAUGUGUCAUGGAUAUUUAUCCCAGAUGAAUCAAACCAAAUCAAAUCCUGGAACAAGUAACAUAAUUAAAGUUCUACAACUCACCAUUGCAUUAAACAUAAUAAAUGAUUGGAUAGUA